AUUUCAGUUUUAAAUUCUUUUCUGUCCGUUACUGCAUUUCUUGGAAAUGCUUUGAUCCUGAUGGCUCUUCACAAAGAGUCUUCACUUCAUCCGCCGUCCAAACUCUUGCUUCGAAACCUUGCAACAACUGAUCUCUGUGUUGGUCUAAUUGCAGAACCUCUUUAUGUUAGCAGCCGGAUUUCUGCAUUGAAUGAAAACUGGAGUAUGUGUCGCUACAUAUCGAUGGCAGGCUUCAUAACAGGCAAUAUUUUGUGUGGGGUGUCACUGUUUACUCUAGCUGCAAUAAGCGUGGACAGACUUCUCGCCCUGUUGUUGGGAUUGAGAUACAGACAAGUUGUAACAUUAAACCGAGUCUAUGUGGUCGUUGUUACCUUUUGGUUUGUGUCCACGGUUUAUUCAGCAGUGUACAUUUGGAAUCCCCUUAUAACCUUUUGGUAUGGCACCAUAGGUGUACCACUGAGUCUUAUAACCUCGAUUUUCUCUUAUACAAAGAUUUUUUGCAGCCUUCGUAACCAUCAAAAUCAAAUUCAAGACCAUGUUCAACAACCGAACCAAACAAAUCAAUUAAACAUAGCACGAUACAAAAAGGCAGUGUCCACUGCAAUAUGGCUGCAACUGACGCUGGUCGCUUGUUAUCUACCCCUUGGUGUAGUGACAGUUUUGAAGACUAGUGGUGGAAGAUCUUUAUCUCUCUAUAACGCUUGGUGUUAUGCAGUCACUCUAAGUUACUUAAACUCUUCAUUAAACCCAAUUCUAUACUGUUGGAAGAUAGAAGAAGUCAGACAAGCAGUAAAGAACACAACUAGACAAGUGCUUUGCAAUUGUUUUUCCGCUUAGAUGUUGUUGACUUAUACGAUAAAAAGAUAACAAAGUUCAUGAGGUUUAAAGAUAAAGAUUUGUGAAAUUGUCGAAAAGAUCGCCUAAAAUCACACGGUGUUACAAGAUUCUGUAGCAGUAGCGUAGUCGUUAGGGAAAUGUUUCAGCAUUGUUUUAAAUAAAGUUUGGUUUCUGUAAAUCCUGUAAAUUUACAAUUGCAAAUAAAGAGAUGAAAAAAAUUUCUUCUCCUCGUGGACUACGCAAAAUGUUGACAGCAGUCGCCACGAGUUUAGCCCCAUUCUAGUUUUUCCAUGAUUUUCCUUCAGCCUUUCUUCCAAACUCGACGGAUUUACACAAAAUGAUGAUUUGUUAUAGGUUCUUAGGUGAAAUCUGCUCACGAGCCAAGUGGCCCAUCAGCCAACCGACGCUUAUCUCCGGUUUCUUUAGCAUGAAGCGACCAGGACUGAGUAUUUCUACUUAAGAUACAUUUUGCUCGUUCUAAAGGUUAUUACCUAAAAGGGAAGGAAAGCAAUGUAUUUUUCCCUCGUUUUAAAGCAUGGUACCCAAGAGGAGGGGAAAGCAAUGUAUAUUUCCCUUGUUUUAAAGCGUGUUCCCUCAUUGGAACAAAAAGCAACAUAUUUUUCCCCAGCAAUGACUAGCUCUGUACGUAGAGAGAUUAAUGAGGGAUGCUGACUUAAAUGAAGGGACAAGACAACCUGGCCAGGCAAGCCAAAGCAGUCAGCAUGCUGCAAACACAUUUUUAAUUUUUGAUAUAAUUUAUACCAUAAACAUUCGCAUAGGGGGCCCAAUUUGGUUGAAAAUUAUGGGAUCAUCUCAGAGUAUGGAAGUGUAUGGAAGCAAUUCACAUCUGAUCUAUGGACAAACAUUAGGAGUGAGCCUUCAUCUCUGAUUAAAAGUGAUAAAUAAAGACGAUUUUCCAGACAAAUUAAGUUUCGGAAAUUGCAGGUCAACUGUCG